GGGGAGGAAGGGUAGAGCAAAGCGAAUGAGGAGGGGGAGGAGAAAGGACGCAGGCAAUCGUGUAUGUGUGUGUGAGGGGCGGAACUCACUGAAGCCAGACAGUGUUGUCGGCGCACUGCACAGCUGAAGCCUCACUAUACGUCAUUCUUUUCGGGGACAGCAUUAGCGCAGCUGACGGCACUGUCUUGGCUUUUUAGUAGGCUACCCAGUGGUGGGGAAUUUCUCUCUCCGCACCGGAACGCCAUUGUGUGACUGGAUCUUCGCUCACUAUUGCCUGAAGAGUGGAGACUCUGGAAACGAUGUAGCGAAGGAGUUUAUUGUGGACACAGUCGUUUAGUCUUUAAACAAGCUCUGUUUACCAACGAGUAAUCCCGAUGCUUCACUUAAAACCUCAGGUGGAACUAAAUGUGAUUUAUGUUGGGUAAAGGGGCGAAGCGGAAACUGGAAGAGGAUGAGGACGGGCUGGAAGGCAAAGCGCUGGCGUCGGGCGGGCCCGCGGACGGGCCGUCCAAGGUGUCGUACACCCUGCAGCGCCAGACCAUCUUCAACAUCUCCCUGAUGAAGCUGUACAGCCAGCGGCCGCCGCCGGAGCCCAGCCUGGCCCGCCGCGUGCUCAUCAACAACAUGCUCCGCCGCAUCCAGGAGGAGCUGCGCUGGGAGGGCGGGCCGCGCCCCAUCCUGUUCCCGCCCUCCGCCCCGCCCGACGACCCCGCCGACGAGGGCUUCCGCGAGGCCCAGCCCGCCUUCGGCGCCCUGUCCGCGGCGGCGACGGCGGCCACGCCCACGUCUCCUUCCCCUCAGGCCCUGCCCCAACCUCCGCCCCUCCCCGCCCUGCCCGUCUCCGCCCCUCCGGAUUCCUGUCUCACCCCCGCCUCCCUCCUGGAGGACGACGCCGCCUCUUUUUGCACUUCCCCGCCCCCCCACACCGCCCUGGCCCAUCCCCUCCUUCAUCACGGCCUGUCCAGACUGCCCCCCGCCUCCACGGCUCUGGACGACACUGGGGGGCUGGGUCCACCGGCCGCGGAAAACGCUACGACUACUACCUCCUCCGUCACCGUGGCGCCCCACCCGCUCCUGGCCGGGUCCGACUCUAAGGACUGCAGCAAGACCUGCAGCCAAAAGUUCGAGGGGCUGGUCUCGCAGCUGGAGGGCCGCGCGGGUGUGGCCACCAAGGCAGAGUCGAGACUGAUGGACUCCCUGCCCCCCAGCGGCCUGGACAUUAGCCCCUCCUCCUCUUCAGGAUUCCUCACAGAUCUGGCCUUGGACGACAUCCUGUUUGCGGACAUUGACACCUCCAUGUAUGACUUUGACCCCUGCACCACCACCACGGCGGGGGUCACUGCUUCCAAAAUGGCCCCCAUGGUGAUGUCGGACGACCUUUUCAAGACCCUGUCCCCCUAUGGGGGUACCCCCACCUCCGCCCCCCCUGCCCAGCCCUUUAAAAUGGACCUCACUGAACUGGACCACAUCAUGGAGGUUCUUGUUGGUUCUUGAUUCACAAUUUUAAAAACAACAAAAACUUUCAAGACAGAAAAAAAGAGAACAUUUUAUUUCAUCUGUGUGUUUUUGUACAGUUUUCUAAAAACAGUUGAAAUAAUUAACUGAUACUACUACACAAUACUGUGCAUGCAUUGUCCUUCGCUUUCCAAAAACAAAAAGAUGAACACUUGGCUUCUAGCUAAUUUGAGUGCCUUUCAUCUGUCACUAGUCACAUAACCACUUUUAACUUGCAGCGCUUUUUUUUUAUUUCAGUCAGUUUUUUUUGUUGUAGGUGUUUUUUUUAAAUAUCACUGAAAAAUGAAAAAUGCAAUAACCUUUUAAAGACUUGGUUACCCUCUCAGAAAAAGCAAGAUGAACUUUAAUGAAGCACAAAGCGUGUACAAAGUAAAGUCGCAUGUGUCUCUGUUUCAACUGUCCUCUCAUUUACUGUCAUUGUCAGAAACAUUUGUGAGAAGUAUUAUUAUUAUUAUUAUUAUUAUUGUUGUUAUUAUUAUUAUUUUAAUAUUAUUAUUUUGUUGUUGCUGUGGUUGUUGUAGUUUCCUGUUGCUCUUGAUUAAGCAGUCUAUUAGUACUGGUUGUAUUAUUCUGACUGUCCAUUUCAAACUGCUGUACACAAGGAAUUGUAUUUUUCUACCAAAUCUCUGAAUUGAGAAUGUUGUUUCCUAACAUUGAUGAAAAGCACAUACUUUGAUACGACUGUUUAGCUGACCCAAAAAUUGACAAGAAUAUGUUGUACUUUUAUACAAAGUCACCUGAAUUAUGACUGUAGGAUGUGUCCAGGAAAUCCAUGAAAAGCUUUACUUACUGCCUUUGUAAAGCUGUAUGAAUUCAGCGCGAGAGGGAAUUCAUCCAAAUCAGAUUUUCAAAGUAUUGAUGAACAUAAUUCUGUAUGUUUACGCUUCUGAGCAAUCGUCUUCCUUAGUCUCUAUAUUCCUCAGUCAUUUAAUGUGAUGGUACCGACGAGAAAAAAAGACUACUCUCAUCACCAGAAAUUAAUUUUAGGUUUACUUUUCAAUGAAACAUGUGCGUUUUACUGAGUAUAAUUGGCUGGUUUUUAAUGAUAUUUCAGUUUGAAGUAUUUGAAGGCUAACUAUAAUUAGUAUCAUAACAUUUAUUAUUGAUUAGUUCUCUGACCUAAUAAAUGCUGAUGAGAACGUCAGUCUACAAGAUAACUAAGCAAGCUGAAUUAUCUGCGACUCUUCAGUGAAGAGGUGGCAUGCUGUUUCACAGAACACACACACACACACACACACACACACACUGUGUCUCAAGCUCCAUAAUUUCUCACUUUCCCAACCCUUAAAUGCAGCAAACUGUGUUCCUUCACUUCUGCUGUGCAUCAUGUUGUGCAUGCUGUCGGACCCAUGCCCCUGCUGGCGAGCGUGCUGUAAUACCCCGCGCAUGGCUUUGUAAAGGUACGCGAGCGCGCUUUGCCGGUUGGGUGGCGGCCUGGUCGCGGCGGAACACGAGCUGGGUUCUGCAUGAGUAACUUCCUCAUUAAUUUAUUGUUUUGUUUCUUAAUGCUUCGCCGCGUUAGCACGGGCAGGGGCGAAGCGCGGCGUUCUUUUUCUGUCGCGGCUGGGUCACGGCGCGUCCACUCUAGUGCACAAACAGCCUGAGGGAGCGGGCGUGCCGGAGUGAACGAGCGGGGGGCGGGGGUGUUAUCGGCCGUGCGAGGAGACCGUGAGAUUACAUUGCCUGGGAGAUCCGUGGAACAUGGUGACAGCAGCUUGUGAGUUAAACAAAUAUUUUGCUUUAUAUAUAUAUAUAUAUAUAUAUAUAUAUAUAUAUAUACACACACAGGCUAUAUAGCACAUCGGAUAGUAUGCAGGUAUCUGCAACAAACCACUUAAAACACGUCAGGUGAUGCGUCAGUCAUGGAGGCUAGCUGUGAGUGCUCGCUUGUUGCCAACUUAUGGAGCCAUUUUUGCUUUAUUCCUGUAUUGAAACAAAAAAAAACGUAAAUCCUGUACCUUGUUCGUCAACAGUGGUAUCCAGCAUUCCAUAUGCAAAAUGCAUAUUGCGUAUAGUGACGGGAUAUUCUGGGACAGCCUUUAUUUCUGUGACUCAUGUUCUUGCUUUACUUGAAGCAGUGUCAAGUGAAUGAAAAACAAAGAGAAGAUUACAAUAAUGAGUGGAACCCAGUCAUGUAUGGGUUUCCGGUACCCGAAAGAGACUAGACUUUGCGCAAAAAUCAUUGUCCUGCCAUUGCCUUGGAUUUAACCAAUCAUAUGACAGUCCAGCAGGUGUGGGCCUGACCAAUAUGCCCACCUGAGUGAUGUCACCUACAUGUUUAUACCAAUGGGAUCUUGCUGUCUGUCUUGAAAUUUCUGAAGCCUGGAGAGGGAGGGGCAGUCCUCACAAUAACUGCUGAUUCACAGCCCUGACAGCCUGGUUUCCCAGUGCAGCCAUUUCUGUUUGUGAAAGGUGGAAUCAGCCAUGAGAGAAAUGCUACUGGGAAUUAGGAAUACGUCCCGCUGACUGAGUCUGUGGGGAAGUGGUUAAACAGUGACCGGGGGAGUGCAGAACACACAGUACUAUUAUUAAUUUAUAUGUAAUUAAUAAGUUUAAUGGUUUAAAAUAUUUUGGUUUUGAAGUGAUUGUUCAGUUUAUUUAUUCAUUUCCUGUGUAAAUAUAUUUAUUUUCCAUGUGAAGCUAACAUCUGUAUUGUAAUGUGUACAGAAUGUAUGGUAGGAAUGUUCUUUUCUUUUAGGAAUGUAUAUUACAGUAUCUAUGGAAUUUGGGUGAAAGCCAUGUUUAUGUUAAUGCAUUUUUGUUUGUUUUUUUGAAUUGGUGAGGUGUCUGUACCAGUUCUUGGUUUAACACUCUGUAAACCCAAUCAGGUGGUGACAACGGUGUCUCAUUUCGGUAUAUAUGCGUCCGUUUGUGUCCCUGGAGAAAGACUGGAUAAGCAAGACUACACAAUGCAAUAUAUACAACUUUGUUCUCACAAACGUUCGAGAAUGAAGUCUCUGAACCUGAGCUUGACCUGUGAAACAGCAUUGUCAACCACUGAUGCCAAACUGUGCUGAAAUGUUCAAGAGAAGACGAGUGCGGUGUGUUUCUCCUGUACCUUCAGUUUGAACAAUCAUUUCUGCUGUUCCCUGUGGACUAGGCAGCAAAAUUUUAAUAUGCAGUAAAAAGGGGGGUGGGGGUUGGGACAUUGGUUGGGGUUGGGAGUGUGACCGCAUGCGGAUUUCGGUAUAGGCUGAGGUUUGGAUUUGGGUUUGGGAGCGGUGUGUGUGGGGAUGCUCUUCCAUUCAAAAAGCAGGCUGUAUGUUACAUACAUCCUGGAGCUGUGCCUUUUUCUAUGCAAUAUUAUCAAUAUAUUUGUCAGUGGGGGCGGAGACAAGCAUAAACACUGACUACUGUAUUUGCAUCGACUUAUGGACUAUAGCAUCUAUUACAAUGGUCAGGUGUAUAUGAAUUUGAAACAGUCUUACUUUUGUAGUUUUAUAUUAUACAAUAAACUAUAUAAAGAAUA